AUGGCUCCUCGUCUGCGAUCCUCGUCGCGCAACACCUCGCGCAACAACACCAGGCCAUCUUCACCUCACAGUGCGCCAGCUACCCGGCCGUCCUCCUCAACCUCAGACAACGCACGACCAAAGAAACAGCGGAAGACGGGCCGCGAAACGCGUUCCCCGGUCGAGGUCGUCGAGGAGGAAGAGCGCCGGGCAGAGCGCAAACCAGCUGGCAGCCAGAUGGGCAGCGUGCUGGAGCACCCAGAGCCGCAGCAGCAACAGACAACAGAGCUGCGGAGCUCCCAGCCACUGGCUACGGCGGCUGAGUUGCCCACUGGCCCGGGCAACCAGCCUGCCGGCCAGCAAUCAUCUGCGCUGCCAGCAGACCAGAGUACGGGACCAACUCAGACUGCAGCCUCGCGAGCAGAUCCAGAGACAUGGGUGGAACCAACACCCCGAUCACAAGUCCCAACCUUCCGCGAGUAUGGCUUUACACGGGGCGGCAUCUUACAGAGUAUGAUGCCGCUGGGUACACGACCAACCCUGAGUGCCCGUCGUAAAGCCGGCCUUGCUCCCCCAGCUCCCACCAAAGCCAGCAAAGUCACCAAGAGGAGGGGCGGCAGGGCCGCGAAGCCAAAGCGGACGACGAAGAACGACGAUGAGCGGCCAAGCACCGCUUCGACUUCCGCUGAGGACGCAGCCGCAAUCUCUGAUAGUUCCCGUGCGGAGGGAAUUAUCCAGGGAGUCCUCGAGCGCGAAGAGCGGUCAGAGCCAGCGGCCGCACCAGCACCAGCCAGCAGAAUUACACGAUCAAAAGCUGGCAAGGACAAGCUUGACGACUCUGCUGACAGCCAGUCAGCUGGUCCAACAGUUCCCUCAUCGAGGAAAUACACCUCGGAGAAGCUAAUGGACAUCCUCGGAUCAGCCAUCCUGCGUGCUGAGGAAUCCUCGGAUUCCAAGGUCGCAGGUGGCCUCCGUUGGAUAAAGGAGGCUUCGGCCUCCGAUCCAUUUCUCCUUGGUACCUUGGAAGGUGCCAUUAAUGGAUCGGCGGAAGCUCACCACCGAUCCGCCUUCCAAGCCCUGAUGAGGGACGCAGUCAAGCGCGUCCAGACCCAGCAGGACGAAACCAGUGCCGCUGCCACCCCGAUGGUGCGCACUGGUUCGGCGACGACCACGUCGUCGCUCUCCACGGCUAAGUCUCUAGACGCCGAUGCCUUCGCCCCUGCAGCGGCUGAGCAGGAUCCAGCCAACGCCAUCACCUCUGCCAAAGGCAAGGUAGCAAAAGCUACCAAGCCCAAAGCAAAGGGCAAAGGGCGAGCUGGUCCCUCGAAAGCUCGCGCGGUCCCCCCAACCGAAGAGCCUUUCUCACGAAAGCGCAAAUCGGAGGAGGACCCAGAGUUUUCGGAAGAAGCCGUGGCUGCGAAGCGCAGAGCCUUAGAGACGGCCACCAAUGUCGAGACCGGCGAGGCAGAAGAGAGCAACGUCCGGACAGCCAUGGAGCCACCACAGGGCUGGAUUUUCCCGGCUACCCUCUCUGUCCGUUCGGACAGUGAGGGGCCAGGGACCAGAUCUGCGGCGGCUCCUGUGCCAAAGGACAAAGGUCCUGGUAAGCCCGCUGGAGCCUCCUCCAGCAACAAAAGAGUUCGCAAGCCGAGAGUGCAAGCGGAUGAAAUCGAUAACCUCGAUUUCUGCCGUGCGUGCGGCGGUAACGGGCAGCUUCUAUGCUGUGACGGCUGUGUGGAUUCAUUCCACUUCACCUGCCUGCAACCCCCAGUCGACCCCAAUUCUCCACCAGCGGGACAGUGGUUCUGUCCCGCGUGUGAGAAGAAGGGCCUUCUGGGUGGGCUCGCGGAGGUGAUGGAGUGCGUCCCUCAGACCGGCUUCCAGUUACCGACUGAGGUGCGCGAAUUCUUUGCUGAAGUUGAGACCGGCAAAGAUGGAGAGUACCGGGAAGCGCGUGCGCUUCCCGUGGGCGAAUCCCGAGUCAAAAUGAUUCGGAAAGGUCGCGGAUUCCCGGAGGAGGCUGAUAAUCUAACGAUUAUGACUACUCCGGGCACGAUCAGGGCCUGUAUUCGAUGUGGUCUAACCUCAGAGAAUCGGAGACCGGUCAUCCAAUGCGACUAUUGCCCAUCCGCGUGGCACUUGGAUUGUCUCGACCCGCCAAUGGCGAAUGAACCUCGCCAGAGGCCGGGGAGUGACAAGCCUUUCCAUUACUGGAAGUGCCCGAAUCACAUCGAAAAUGCUCUUGCCGAACACUACCCGGGUAGGGUCCGACGACCCCGUAACCCCAAGUAUGUUGACAUCGAAAUCCUGCCCGACAGCGACGAGGAGAGCGUCGACGGGCUCGAUCAAGAGGGCAUCAUUUAUCGUGUGAAACAGCGCGGAAUCGUCCACAAGUUCAUCACGCACGCUAAGAGCAAGCGUGCGGCGGUGGAAAGGGCCAGAGAAAGAAAGGCUCGCGAGGAAGCUCGUGCCCAGCUCGCGAGAAUGGAUGAGGUGCCGGCAACGGCGUCUACCUUCGAGCAGCUUGGACCGGUCGAGCAGCAGGCUGUGUUGGGCCUUAUGGACAUCACAGGCUGCUCAGGGAUCGAGCGGGCGAAGCAAGUCGUCUCUGGCCUCAUUGCGCAACGGCCCGAUGCGUUGCGCAAUGCCACCAGUGAGCUUGGAAUCCUUCAAGCUAUUCAUGAGUUGGUAGGAAAGCGCCUCCAGGCGCUUGCUCCGACCUCCGAAUCUACCAACUGA